UUGAGCGUUGGAACUACGGACCAUGCGCUGGCCACAGCUGCUCAGCCGCUAGGCCCGCUAGGCCCUGGGACAGGCCGGCCCUGGACGCUGGACGGACGCGACAUGUUCGACUUCGACGAAUUGGAGGAGAAGGAGGUCGGCACUGAUCCAGCGAAUGAGGCAGUCCUCCCUGAGAUGCCUCCAGGUUUGAAACCGGAUGACCCCAUCCCGUCGUUUGUGGCUGAUCUGGAGGUGCAGGGGUCUCCUCGAAUGGUCCACGAAGAUCCCCCGGAACCGGGUGCCGAAGAAGCUGCGGAGCCGACCGCGGAGGCACCGGCCACGCCAUCCGCCAAUCCGAGUCGUCCUCCGGGGCUCCCUUCGCCGCCCCGGGAAGUGGCGCGGCAGGACGGACGCUUUUUGCAGAUCCCCCGUGGCCGGGAUGUGGAGCUGCACCCCUUAGAGCUUCAGCUGGCGCGAGGUGCUGGGAAACCGGCUGUGAAGGGAUUGGUGGUCGCCUCCAAUGAGCAGUUCUCGUGCUUGCUGGAUUCCACAGGCACCCGCGUCGACGUGAUCUCCAAUUCCUCUUCGAUGCGGUGUGAGGUCCAAGCUGCUUCCCGCAUCCGUGCUUGUGCGUUGAAACCCUCCGAUCGCAAACUCCUGCUGGUGACACAGGAGGGUGAAGUGUCCCUGCACCGGCUCGAAGCCUCCGGCGCCUCGGUCAUGUUCCUCCUGCGCUUCAGCGAGGAUGUCCCGCAGGAAGUGGCCUGGCACCCUGUGAACCAGAAGGUGUUUUUCACGCUGCACAGUGGCCGUGUGCUGCUUUGGAACCUGCAGCUGCUCCACUUCGCCAUGACAGCGCCUCAAGUUGGUCAGGACUACAAGACUGGAAUCACGAUCACACCCCAAAUGGUGGAAGCUUCCUGUGGAGAGGCGAAAGUGUCGGAUCCGAAGGAGACCCUCCAACACAUGGCAAUCUCGCCCGAAGGCCUCUUGGGUGCGGUCUCAGCGACGAGCUUCUGGAGAUGGUCCUUGUGCGAGGAGACACCAAAACCCUCGGUGCUGGGUGUCGAUAUCAUGCCAUUGGAGGAGCUGGACGGAAGCCAGGAGCUUCGGCUGCUGAGUGCCAAUGUGGUGCUGUUCAUUGGACAACGGGAGGUGAGUCUUUGCGCCCUUCCGCCGCCUGGGCUGACGCAGCUGACUCUUUUGCAGCGCUUGAGCUUCCCUUCACCUCUUCGGUGCGACCAGCAGACAGGCCUCUUCUUGGCCAUCACCACUGCCAGCGAGGUGGAUGGAGAGAUGGACGUUUUGCUCCACGGCACGGUGAACGAGCCGAACGAGGAGGAGGGCUUCUCCAUCCGCUGUCUUGCAGCAAGCCGCUUGGUGGAGGACAUGCCGCUGGAACCGGAGCCCGUGGAGCACACGCUGCCCUUGCUAGGCUUGCCAGGGCCACUGGACAUGGGAGAGGUUGAGGCCAUGCCGAUGCUCAUGCCGAUGCCGUUCGAGUUCCCACCGGGACUGCCCUGUCGGCCUCCCGGCUUGCCGAGCCCACCAAGAAGCCACCAGGAGGUCGGUCUGCCUGAUGCACCUCCAGGUUUGGUCUUGGAUCAGCCGAUCUCAGACCAUCAGGCAAGCCAAGCGAGUCAGACUUCAGCAAAAACUGAGACUGAGAAGGAAGCUCCCCCGGCCCGCACGGGGCAUCUUGACCUCAGAAACCCGCGGGAACGCGGGGGAGGGUGGCGAAGGCAAAGCGGGGUGGAAAGCAGUGAUGAGCUGUCAGGUGAUGCGAAGCCCAAAGUUGCUGCAUCUACGGUCCAAGAGCUGACGAGCUUCAUGGAGAAACGUGCCCAUCGUGCGAGCGAUGCCGUGGUGGAGGAGGUCUUGAAGGUCGUGGGAGCCACCGGCGCUCCAGGUGCGGAAGGUGAGCCUCGAAGAGUCAUGGAGGAGUGCAAGAUCCUGGAGCAGCAGGUGCGCCACUCAGAGAAGCAGGCACUCAAGGUCUUGGAGGCUCCAAAGCCAAGGCCCAGAAGCCCCGUCUCGCAGGACAGUGUCGUCGAGGCAGUGUUGGGCGCAGCCACUUCUCCCUCCUUCCCUUCGCACUUGGCCGAGCAGCUGGUGCACAGGGAGGCGAUCGAGCCUUUGGUUUCCAAAGAACAGUUGGCUCAGGCGCUGCGGAGCGACGUGUUCCACGGCGAGUCGAAGGCCGCGGCCGAGCGGCUGCGGAAGUCGAUGAAGGGCGAGUGUAUGCCUAUGAGACCUGCAGUGGAGAGUUUCAUGGACGAGGUAUCUGCGCAAUCUUUGCGGGAAAUGAGCAGGCUAUUGGGUGAAGUGCGCUCAGAGGGUGCAUCGACCUUGGCCAACGCUUGUCGCAGCAGCGUGAGGGCAACCUUGAAACGAGAGGUGCAAGCCUUUGAGUCAGAGCUGAAGCGCACGUCCAAAAAGCCAUCAGCCAAGGAAGCUUUACUGAGGCGCCUGGAGCAAAAAGCCACGGUGGUCCACCGGGAGUUGGAGCUCGUCGACCAGGAGCUGCGCGCUGCAGGCGAAGUCCUUGGGCGCCGCCGUGCGCGAGGCCAAUGAGCAACUUCACUUGAGGUCAACGGCCAAAGGCCGCCGAAGGACGAGGCGCCUCCAUCGAGGACGAGGAGGAAUGAGUGUCCGACGCAUGCGACGCAUGCGACGGUCCGACGACGUCGACCGGGGGGACCGACCGAAGGACUCACCGACCGUGUCGGCGGGUGGGUGGAAAGGGUGGC